AUGUCUCAAAAGAAGAAACAGACCUCUUUCUUGUUGGAGUCAUCAACAUUGUCCAAUCAACCACCAUCUUCUGCCAAUGACCAAGCCGAUCCGUUGAGUUUUCUUUCAGAAAUUCCCUCACAAGUACCACGUGAUGAAUCGGAUCCUUCAUUUACAAAAUCCUUUGAUCCACUUACCGAAAUGACUCAAGCCAAAGAGUUCUUUCAAGAGUGGGGUUUUGCUGUAUUCCGUAAUGUUUUGAAUUCGGAACAAGUUGAAAAAUCCGUUCAUGAUGUGUUUGAUUAUUUAGAAUCAGGACAGGCCUUGAAUACGUAUUCACGAGAUUUACUGAAACGAAAUGAAACUCCUUUGAAACGAGAGGACAUAUCCACUUGGACCAACUCGAAUUGGCCAGCCAUGAAAGAAGAGGGUAUAUUGGGUGUUCCUCCUGUCUUUACGAAACAAGCCAUGGAAAAUAGACAAAACGAAUUAUUGUAUCAUGUCUUUAAGGAAGUUACUGGACAGGAAAAGUUAUGGGUUUCCAUGGAUCGUUAUGGAUUUUUCAGACCUACCAAGAAUGUUUCUGUUCGUUAUCCAGCAAAUCAUGUCAAGAAGAAGAAUGAAGAAGGAAAUAAUCAAACAGAAGAAGGACUGAAAGAAGAAUACAUCACAGAAGUGAAAGACUUUCCCGAAUACAAAUCCAAACGUAAUGUUCACUUUGAUAGAAAUCCUUGGUCCUAUGUCUUUGACUUGAAUUCACUCUCUGGAGCAUUCCCUCACGAUUACAUGUAUUUACCUGGAUUUUGUGUUGAAUACAAUGAAGCAGGUCGUUACGACGAUGGAAUUGUGAAAUUGCAAGCCUUACUCAAUUUUGUGGACAAUCGAGAACAAGAUGGUGGAUUCAUAAUUGUUCCAAAAUUUCACAAACACUUUUUAAAAUGGGUCAAUGCCACAAAGAAAACACUUGGAGCAAAGCAUCAUUCGAGUUUUUUAGUGUUAAAUUCCAUUCAAAAGGAAAUUGCAGAGAAGGGGGUGAGAGUUCCUCUUCGUGCAGGAGAUUUAUUGAUUUGGGAUAUUAUCAUGCCUCAUGGAUCGGCACCGAAUGACAGUGAGAGGUAUCGAUUGUGUCAAUUUUUGAAAAUGUUUCCUGCACAACCUUUGAAGAAGGAAAGGAUGAAAUUGAUUCACCAAGCAGUGCAAAAGAAUGGAAUGCAUGUGACCGAGCUUGGAGAAAAAUUAUUUGGGUUGAAAGAGUGGUGA